CUUCCUGCUCUCACUUACCCCUAUGUGACUGGCAUAACAAGUUAGUUUUCUGUUUGGGAAUCAGAUUCACAUUGUUAUAGAAACGGUGUGAAUGUAAGUGAACCAAACUUCAGGACUGUGACCCAUGAUAGCUCAUGGGAGGAUAGAGGUCUGACCUUCCAGGACUGAGACCCCGACUGGGAUGCAGCCUUUCUGUGUGAGCAUCAGGACCCUUCUUCUCUCAGUUCUGCUUUCCCGGCCAGGUGAAGGGCAAUUCCAGGUCAUAGGACCAAGAGCACCAGUCAUUGCCCUUGUUGGGGAAGAGGUUGUGGUUUCCUGUCAUCUCAACCCAUCAAUAGAUGCUCAGAACAUGGAAGUGAGGUGGUACCGAAAUGAUCCUUCAGGCCUGGUGCAUUAUUAUGGGACUUCCCAGGAUCAUAUGGACCAGCAAAUGCCAGAGUACCAAGGGAGGACCAAGUUCCUGAAGGAGAAUAUUACCAAAGGGCUUGUUGCCCUAAGGAUCCAUCACAUCAGACCUUCAGAUGAAGGGGAGUAUGUGUGUUUCUUUGAAAGCUCUACAUUCUACAAUAAAGCACAGUUCAAAGUGUUGGUCACAGUCUCAGGUACAGCUCCUCAUAUUCACAUUGAGCCUGGCAAUAGGAUGGACAUGAAGAUGACCUGCACAUCCAUGGGGUGGUAUCCAGAGCCUGAGGUACAAUGGAGGGACCUUCAAGGACUGAGCUUGGCACCAGCCUUUGAGACAAAGAAAAUAGAAGAAAAUGGACUGUUUCAUGUGGAAUCAUCUAUCACAGUUGAUAAAAAUUCAAGAGCAGAUGUGUCCUGUGUUAUAAGGAACCUAAUACUCAGUGUGGAGAAGGAGGUGCAUGUCUCCGUAGCAGAUACCUUGUUUCCUGAGGACUGUCCUUGGGCAGUGGGGUUUGCAGUUUUCCUGUCUCUCCUGGCCUUUGGUGCAACAAUCAGUGUUCUAUUUGUGUGUACCCGAAAAGCCAAAGGUUCACUCAAGAAGAAGCAUGGUAAACUCCGGAAAGAAUAUGAGCUCUUACGUGAACAGAAAGGGAACAUAGAAAAAAAGAACGUUCUGGAAGCUGGGAAAUCCAAGUACAGGGCACCGGCAAAUCUGGUGUCUGAGAGUCCACUUCCUUGUUUGCAGAUGGCCAUGUUCUCACUGUUCUCUCACAAGGCAGAAGAUGGGAGCAAGAACAAGUGUUCAUGGCUCUUCUUAUGAGGGCACUAAUCCUAUUCAUGAGGGCUCCACUGUAAAGACCUAAUUACUUUCCAAAGCCCCAACUUUCUAAUAUUAUUACACUGGGUUUAAAAGCAUAUGAAUUUUGUAGAAAUAAAUUCUAUCCAUAAACAUGACAUUACAGGCACGGUAGCCAAAAAUCUUGUUGUUGACAUAUUUUUAAAAAAUAAAACCUAGCAAACAGGUUACAGAAUUUUCUACUUUUUAAAUUGCCAGGAAAUACCUAAAUACUAUAACCUUAUGGCACUUUACCAUGAAAAAGACAUGUGGAAACAUAUAUUGCCCCUACCUCCACCAGCAUGCCCAACAACUCAUGCAAAGGAAGAUAAUAACAUAAAUAGUGGUGAAAGAAAGUAGAAAGAGAGUAAAUGAACAGAAAAUAAAUAGGGUUAAAAGCCAAAGAAAGUAAGGGCAUGGAGCCCUAUACCAUUGGUGAAGCUGGAAUCUUGUAGUUACUCUGAUGUGUCAGGACAGAGAGUUGUAAUACCAUUUGUGGGUGGGUGUAUCUCAUUGUCCUUCUGACAUCUGUGCAUAUGUGUGUAUGGGAGUAUUUUUCUGUGUGUGUGUAUGUGUGUGUGUGUUUAUAUAUUUUAUAUGUUACUGCACCUGUGGAUUAAACUGGGUACAGUUUUCUAUCCCAUAAAAAAUACACAUAAAAAAUGAAAAAAAUUCAUAGUAUACCGAAAUCCUUUCUUAAUAUGUUAGGACUAAAUUACAUUUUCAAAACAAACAUUAUAGCUGAACUAACUGCAUUUAGUUUUUAAUUCUUAAGGUGCGGAGAAAAAGAAAUUGUAUCCAAACUCACUGGUGCUUUCAAUGCUAGUUUCUUAAAUUUAUACUUUUUUUUUGUUCUUUUGAUGAGGGCAGUCUGUCCAUAGGCUUAAUACAAACACCUGGGAGAGGCUAUUUCUUGUCAAAAUUUUGCAUUAUGAUCCUUUGAAUUACGAUAAAGCAAAGACAGCCAAAGACUCUAAAUACCUAUUUUCCAAAUAUGUAACUUGAAUUCAAUCUCUCUCUUUCUCUCUUUCUCUCUCUCUCUCUUUCUCUUUCUUCUUCCCAAGCAAUUUACAUGUGCAAAUAUUAGAAAGAGAGUCUAGUUGGGGCACCUGGGUGGCGUAGUCCGCUAAGCAUCCAACUUUGGCUCAGGU